AUGCAAGGCUGUGGCCCCUCCAAAGUGGACAGCCGGGAACUGGGGGAGAUGUCAGAGGGCGUUGAAUCAAAUCCCAGCUUCUCCAUCCAAGGCUGCCCGGGCGUCGCCUCCCUCGUCUUUGUUCCCAAGCUCGACAUGCCACCUGAGCUGAAACUUGAAGGGUCUAAGUGCAGAGGGCAGCUUUUGAUUUUUGGGGCAACCAACUGGGACUUGAUUGGUCGAAAAGAAGUGCCUAAGCAACAAGCUGCUUACCGCAAUCUAGGUCAGAAUUUGUGGGGACCCCAUCGGUAUGGGUGCCUGUCAGGGGUCCGGGUGCGGACGGUGGUUUCGGGGUCCUGUGCCGCCCACAGUCUCCUCAUCACCACGGAAGGGAAGCUGUGGAGCUGGGGUCGGAACGAGAAGGGGCAGCUGGGCCAUGGCGACACCAAGAGAGUGGAAGCCCCCAAGCUCAUCGAGGCUCUCAGCCACGAAGUGAUUGUGUCUGCUGCCUGUGGGCGCAACCACACCCUGGCCUUGACAGAAACGGGCUCCGUGUUUGCUUUUGGCGAGAACAAGAUGGGGCAGCUGGGCCUGGGCAAUCAGACAGAUGCGGUGCCGAGCCCCGCACAGAUAAUGUACAACGGUCAGCCAAUUACCAAAAUGGCCUGUGGGGCCGAAUUCAGUAUGAUCAUGGACUGCAAGGGGAACCUCUAUUCCUUCGGGUGCCCUGAGUACGGCCAGCUGGGACACAACUCCGAUGGGAAGUUCAUCGCGCGGGCGCAGCGGAUAGAGUAUGACUGUGAGCUGGUGCCGCGGCGCGUGGCCAUCUUCAUCGAGAAGACGAAAGACGGGCAGAUUUUGCCGGUCCCCAAUGUGGUUGUGCGCGAUGUGGCCUGUGGCGCGAACCAUACGCUGGUCCUGGACUCCCAGAAGCGGGUCUUCUCCUGGGGGUUCGGGGGCUACGGCCGCCUGGGCCACGCCGAGCAGAAGGAUGAGAUGGUGCCCCGUCUGGUCAAGCUGUUCGACUUCCCCGGGCGCGGGGCGUCCCAGAUCUACGCUGGCUAUACCUGUUCCUUCGCCGUCAGUGAAGUGGGUGGGCUGUUUUUCUGGGGGGCCACCAACACCUCUCGAGAGUCCACCAUGUACCCAAAAACAGUACAAGACCUGUGUGGCUGGAAGAUCCGGAGCCUGGCUUGUGGGAAGAGCAGCAUCAUCGUGGCUGCGGACGAGAGUACCAUCAGCUGGGGCCCAUCCCCCACCUUCGGGGAACUGGGCUACGGAGACCAUAAGCCCAAGUCCUCCACGGCAGCCCAGGAGGUGAAGACACUGGACGGCGUGUUCACGGAACAGGUCGCCAUGGGCUACUCACAUUCCCUGGUGAUCGCGAGGGAUGAAGGCGACACAGAGAAGGAGAAGAUCAAGAAGCUGCCAGAGUACAACCCCCGCACCCUCUGAGCCCGCCGCCCGCAGCUGUGGCUCGGCUCUGGGCCCGGAGGCCCGACGGGAUCGACAGUCUGAAGGGGACGGAAGGUGCAUUUUUGUUUGGCCCCCACCCCGCCCCCAGGUUCCGUUUUAUAAGUGGUCCAGCGUCAACUACCUUUUUUCUGUAUACUUUCCAAAGUGGGUUUUUUUCCUCUCCUCCAUGUUUAAUUAAAAUGUUUGCUCAGAGUUGAUUUACCAUUCCUACAAAAGAGGCAGAAACUUUGAGCAACCUAAGUUUUUUUGUUUUUUUUUUAAAGCUGUUUUUCUCUUUCUUUUAAAUACACUUCCCAAAAGGACCUGUC